AUGCAAUAUUUUCCUCUAGAUUUAACUUAGCAGUAGACAGUUACUCUAUUUAAUAAUAGACUAUACUUUGGAAAUAAACAUGAUUAUUUAGUUGUUUUUCCGACUUGGUUUGCCUACAUAUCAUUAAGUAUCCUCUUUUUGAUGACUAUUAAUGAAAAUAUUAUCAAUGAAAUAUCAUUGGGUUUAGGAAUAUUUUCAUAUGUUUUUUCUCUGCCAGGAAUUUAUUUUGCAAUUAAAUGCUUUGGUACAGAUCCAGGUAUUCUUAAAAGAGGUAAUUUGCAACCUCCAUCUGAAUCUGCUGAAAAUGAUAUACAUCACCCAAUAGCUUAAGAUAUUGGACUUCUUGAAAGUAAUAAAGAAACAGUAGAAGAAUUGAAAGAAUUUGAAAAGUCUAAUGCAGCAUAAGGUGAAAAACAAUCAAAGCAGAAUGAAACAGAUGACAGCGAAAAUAGCUAGAAUUCAAGAAAUUAAGCAUAAGAUUAAGAGAGUAAUUAAUCAAAUAAACAAAAAGAUGAAUAAAUAAUGGAAGCAAUACGUUAAAUAGAAUAGCAAAAUGUGCAAAAUAAUAAGGUAAGAGGAAAUUUAUUUUAAUAAAGAUAUUGUAAUACAUGCAAAAUUAUGAGACCUCCUUUGUCCUCUCAUUGUGGUCACUGCAACAACUGUGUUAAAAACUUUGAUCACCAUUGUUAUUUUAUGGGAAAUUGUAUCGGUGAGAGAAAUCAAAAGUAUUUUGUAUUAUUCUUGUUGAGCACACUAAUUUGGUCAAUUUAUGUAGAAGUCUUCACUAUAAUUGAAACAAUAUUUGCUUUUCAGGAUAAUUCAUAUAUAUUUUUGGAUAUGAUUCACAAUCCUUAUCUUAUCUAUCCUUUUAUUUUCUUUUCAGCUCUUACAGUCGUUACUGCUGUUAUUAGAUGUCAUAAUUGUAUUAGAUAGUGGAUUUUUGUAGGGUUUGUAUUGCAAAUAUUAAUAAUAAUAGGAGAUAGUUAUUACAACAAUAUGGAUGUCCCCUUUGCUGAUAAUCCUUUAAUUUGUUUAGUUAUGAUAGGCGCAUAUUUAGGCGUAAUACUUUUCGUACUUCCUUAAGCAAGCUUAAAUCUCAGUCUUGCAUGUAGAAAUCUAACUCUUAAGUAGGAAUCAUAUAUCGUAUCUUACUAAAGUUCUGAACAUAAUGCUUCAAAUCCAUCAUUUUCUAAUUUUUGGAAGUUAAUAACUAGGCCUAAAAUUAAGAGUGAAAUUCUAAAUUGA